AUGAGGCUCCCGUUUCUUGUUGCCACCAGAAGCAUCGGUGCUGUUCACCGCCUGCGACAGAGCCCGUUGCUUCCCUCUCGUCUCUCGGCUCAGUCGAGACUGCAGAGGUUCGCUGCUGUGAGCAGUCAGUGCAAAGAUGAGAAGAGCUACUACAUCACGACCCCCAUCUUCUACGUCAACGCUUCUCCUCACCUGGGACACCUGUAUUCAGCUGUGAUAGCGGACUGCUUUCACCGGUUUAAGCUGCUUCAGGGAUUCAACUCAAAGUUUGCAACAGGCACAGAUGAACACGGCUUGAAAAUCCAACAAGCCGCUGAAGCUGCGGGAAAAGAUCCCCUGACCUUCUGCACUGACGUGUCGCAGCGAUUCAAACAUCUGUUCGACAGCUGUGACGUUUCGUACACGGACUACAUACGAACCACGGAGCAGAGACAUCGUCGGGCUGUGGAGCAUUUCUGGUCGGUGCUCUGGAACAACGGACUCAUCUACAGGGGACAUUAUGAAGGCUGGUACUCGACACAGGACGAAAGUUUCCUCACGCCGUUGCAGGUGGGCGACGCAGUGGACUCGUUGGGGACGCCGAUCAAAGUGUCGCUGGAGAGUGGACACAAGGUGGAGUGGAUGAAAGAAGAGAACUAUGUGUUCCGUCUGUCUGCGUUUCGGUCUCAGCUCCUCAACUGGCUCAGAGGAAAUCCCCGCGUAAUACAGCCUGAAUGUUUCUACCAGGUUGUCCUCCAGUGGCUACAGCAGGACCUCCCGGACCUCUCCGUGUCCCGUCAGAGAAGCCGCCUUCAGUGGGGCAUCUCUGUCCCCAACGAUCCCGAGCAGACCAUCUAUGUGUGGCUGGAUGCUCUGGUGAACUACCUCACUGUGGCUGGAUAUCCAGACACUCACGACCAGUGGUGGAAAGUGGUCCACCACAUUGUUGGAAAGGAUAUCUUAAAAUUUCACGCCAUCUACUGGCCAGCUUUCCUCCUGGGUGCUGGACUACCACUGCCUCAGACAAUAUACGUGCACUCACACUGGACAGCAGAAGGAAAGAAGAUGUCGAAAAGUGUGGGUAAUGUCGUGGAUCCUCUCCAACGCUCGCAGAUGUUCACAACUGACGGUAUGAGGUACUUUCUUCUGCGUCAAGGUGUUCCAGACUCGGACUGUGAUUACACUGAUCACAAAGUAACUAAGCUGCUCAACGCAGAGCUGUGCGACUCUCUGGGUGGUCUGCUUAACCGCUGCACAGCUCCAGGUCUUAAUCCAGCUCAGGUUUACCCAGCUUUCUGUCCUCAGUCCUUCCCAAGAGAGCGGGGAGGCAGAACGGUGUUUGAAGACCACCACAUGUUGGACGCUGUGAAAAAUCUCCCUGCCGUGGUAGAGCGGCACUACGAGAACAUGCAUCUAUACAAAGCUCUGGAGGCCAUUGCUGCCUGUGUGAGGCAAACCAAUGCCUUUGUUCAACGCCAUGCACCCUGGAAGCUGGACAGGGAGGACAGUAAAGACAAGCGCUGGCUGGACACCAUCAUCCACGUCUCCUUUGAAUGCCUGAGGAUUUAUGGGAUCCUCCUGCAGCCAGUGGUGCCAGGGAUUUCAAACAAACUCCUGUCCAGACUUGGGGUGCAACCAGGCGAAAGGAACUGGGCAGCACUGAAUUUCCUGCCACGGCAUCAGGGAAUCGACUGUCCCCUUGAAGGGAGACCACUAGGAUCUGAAUCUGGAGUACUUUUUAGUCGACUGGAAAGUCAAAUACAAAAACCUAACAAAGCAAAAAAAGGCCUACAAAAAUUAACUAAGGCGUGAUUUUAUGUGUAUUCCUUUGGACUGAUUAAACCAGUAAGAAAUAAAA